CUUUUAUAUAUUGGGAAAGUUAGAAUAUAAAUUGUAAUGCAAAGUAGGAAGAGUUUAUUUUAUAUUGAUUCAUAACCCUCUUUAAUCGUCCUUGUUUCUCUGUUUCAUAGAACUUUACUCCUUCACCACUGUUACACCCUACUCUUUAAUCUUGGCUCCCAAACCGGACUUUGAUAUUCAUAUCUGUAUUCCUGCCUCUACUUUUCUCAGAAUUUCUUUUACAACAUGUUCUACAUACUGUUACAUUCUUCAUCCGCAUUCUAGCUGUGUGUCACAUUGUAAAAAAAUUUGGAUGGCCUAAAAAGUUAGUAUAUAAUAAAAUGCUUACAGUUACCAUCAUGAGUGCCAUAGGUGUAUUUGCAUUUCUUACUGGCACCAACUGGGAAGGAAUUUCAGGCAUCAGGGAUAGUCACUUGUGGGAGAUAUUUUGGGAAAGUCCACACUGCAGAGACAGUUGCUUGCUAUGCAUAAAAGCCAGUUCUUCGCAAUCACUAUCUUCUUAGUCCUGUAUAUGGUUCAAGAUGGAAGAUGAUGCCCCAAAGCAUGUAAUCCAGAUGACAGGAUUUAAGAUGGAAGAAAAGGAAGCUCUAGGCAAAUUGCUUUUAAAACUAGAUUGCACUUUUAUUAAGAGUGAGAAAUACAAAAAUUGUACACAUCUUAUAGCUGAACGUCUUUGUAAGAGUGAAAAAUUUUUAGCAGCUUGUGCAGCUGGAAAGUGGGUACUAACAAAGGACUACAUAAUUCAUAGUGCCAGAAGUGGAAGAUGGCUUGAUGAAACCACUUAUGAAUGGGGAUAUAAAAUUGAAAAAGACUCCCAUUAUUCACCUCAAAUGCAAUCUGCACCUAAAAGGUGGCGAGAAGAACUGAAACGCACUGGUGCUCCAGGAGCCUUCCACAGGUGGAAGGUUGUCCUCCUUGUGAGAGCUGAUAAACGAAGUGAUUCUCUUAUAAGAGUUUUGGAGGCUGGAAAGGCAGAUGUCAUUUUGCCAAAAAGUUCACCAAGUGGAAUAACUCACGUGAUUGCCAGUAAUGCAAGAAUCAGUGCUGAGAAAGAAAAAGAUAACUUUAAGGCUCCAUUUUAUCCAAUUCAGUAUCUAGGGGAUUUUCUUUUAGAGAAGGAAAUUCAGAAUGAUGAAGAUUCCCAAAGCAAUUCUAUUUGGACCAAACGUGAUAAUCAAGAAAAAACCAAAGAUUUUAGGAAAGAUAAGGGAUUGCUUGAAAUGACAGAUGCCUUAAGACAAACCGUCUGUAGGACCCAGAAAGAAAUGGAAAAUCAUGAUGUUAAUAAUAGUUCAAUUUUGACUGUACAUCACAAAAAAAAAUUCAGAGACUCCAGUAAAGGUUUGAAAUUUAUUAAAAUGAGAAAUACCCUAGGAAGGCAUACAUAUGGAAAUCAGAAGGAAAUUAAGAAAAAAGAUGGAGAUAUUCAACGGAGUUACUCUUUGAGGAAAAAACGCAAAAAAGAAAAUGAUUGCAGGAGAGACCUCGAACGUGACAAAAUUAAAAAUACCUUAAGAAACCACAUACAUUGUAGUGAUCAGGAAAUGAAGAAUUCUGUUUUUGCUGAUUAUGCCAAAGAGUCAAGAGCAAAAGAUGUCAGGGCAGAUGUGGAUAUUAUUGAAAUAAAAAAUGCCUUAAGAAAGCAUAUAUAUAGAGCUCAGGCUGUCAGAUACAACUGCAUUAGAAUAGAUAAACAACCAGUAUACAAUGUAGAGGUCAAAAAUACUGAAUUUCCCAGAGGUGUAUUAAAUUUAAUCGAAAGCCUCAUAGAAGGACAGUUCUUUAAGGAAGCUAUUGAAGAGCUUUCCUCUUUGCAAGCACAUUAUAUUCCUCCUGUGUGCCUUCUUCAUGCUCUUCUAGAGAACGUUCUACAGGAUAACAUAGAUACAUUUUCUGGUCGAUACUUUCAUAUAUUGUCAGCUCUUCUUCACCUGCAUCCACCUUGGAAGUCCCCAGCCAUGUCAAGAUAUUACUUAGAGUUGUUUCAAUGUCCAACUUGUAUGAAAGGAGCCUGGUCCCUAGUAGAAGUACUUAUCAGGUCUUGCCUUUUCAAUGAAAAUUUUUGUCAUCAAAUUUCAGAAAAUAUCAAUGACUCUAAAGUACUCUACCUGACACUACUCAAAUUUUUCUUUAAUUUAGUUGAAAGUGAAGUACGGCAUCUGAGUCAAAAGUUGUAUGACUGGUCAGAUUCUCAGAGUCUGAAAAUAACAGGAAAGGCAGUUCUUCUUGAAAUCUUUUGGUCAGGAAGUGAGACUUCUGGGCUUUUGACCAAACCGGUGAAUAUGCUUUUGGAAUGGACUAUAUAUUCUCACAAAGAAAAAUGCAAAUCUAAUGAUGUCUUCAAACAUGAGCUAGCUUACUUACUGACUGGAAUUCUUGGAGCUGCAAUAGAUUAUUGGAUCUUCCUUGGUCUUAAGAUGGGUAGAAAUGUGAUGCGACACAUGUCUGAUGACUUGGGAAGUUAUGUUUCCUUGUCAUGUGACGACUUUUCUUCACAAGAAUUAGAAAUUUUCAUAUGCUCCUUUUCCUCCUCCUGGCUUCAGAUGUUUGUUGCAGAGGCAGUGUUUAAGAAGCUGUGUUUGCAGAGUUCCAUCAGUGUUUCCUCUGAACCCCUCUCUCUCCAGAAAAUGGUAUAUUCCUAUUUGCCAGCUUUGGGAAAAACUGGUGUUGUGCAUGGAACUGGAAAGAUGCAGAUACCAAAGAAAACAGGACAGCGGCCUUGCCUUGAGUCUCAGAGAGCCCUGCUUAUGUUGAAUGGUGCUAAACAGAAGCAAAUCGAAGGGCUUCCAGAGUUACCAGAGCGAAACCUUGCUAAAUGUUCCUCAUCAUUAAAAAAAAUGAAAAAGAAGUCAGAAGGAGAACUGUCAUGUUCCAAGGAGAAUUGCCCCUCUUUAGUUACAAAGAUGAAUUUUCACAAGACUAAUCUAAAAGGAGAAACAGCCCUGCAUAGAGCUUGCAUAAAUAACCAAGUGGAGAAAUUGAUUCUUCUUCUCUCUUUGCCAGGAAUAGACAUCAAUGUUAAAGACAAUGCUGGCUGGACGCCUUUGCAUGAAGCCUGUAACUAUGGCAACACAGUGUGUGUCCAGGAAAUUUUGCAACGUUGUCCAGAGGUAGAUCUGCUCACUCAAGUGGACGGGGUGACUCCUUUGCAUGAUGCACUGUCAAACGGACAUGUAGAAAUUGGCAAGCUGCUACUACAGCAUGGGGGCCCUGUGCUUUUACAGCAGAGGAACUCUAAGGGGGAGUUGCCCUUGGAUUAUGUGGUAUCACCUCAAAUCAAAGAAGAGCUGUUUGCUAUGACAAAGAUAGAGGAUACAGUGGAGAACUUCCAUGCACAAGCAGAGAAACAUUUUUACCACCAGCAGCUUGAAUUUGGUUCAUUUUUACUUAGUAGAAUGUUGUUAAACUUCUGUUCAAUUUUUGAUUUAUCCUCAGAGUUCAUUUUAACUUUCAAAGGGUUAACUCAUCUUAAUGAACUGCUUAUGGCUUGUAAAAGUUACAAAGAAACCCCCAGUGCUCAUACUGACUGGUUAUUAGACCUUUAUGCUAGAAAUAUAAAGACAUUGCAGAAGCUGCCAACUAUUCUUAAGGAACUUCCUGAGAAUUUGAAAGUGUGUCCUGGAGUACACACCGAGGCCUUAUUGGUGACCUUGGAAAUGAUGUGUCGAUCAGUCACUGAGUUUUCAUGAUGAUGCCAAAAAGUAUGAGUCAAUGUUCUAAACCUGUUCAGUUUGCUUUGUCAUCCUUUAUGGGCUUCAUAGUGUAUUACCCACUAAUUUAUUUAUUGACAGACUUUACAGACAGCUUUGCUAAAUUUUAACAGCACUUGAAGCACUUCUGCAAAACUAUAGUAUGGGCUUCUUUUUCAGUAUGUGAGAUUUGACCCAAAAGUCAAAAUAGUUCUGUUUGAUACACUGCUUUCAUUAAUCUUUUUUUGUUCUGAAAGUGAUAUUAUUUAUCUAUUUAUAUUGUAUAUGUACAAAAAUUAAUUUAAUUUUUUUUUUUUUUCAAAUCAAAAUGUAAUGUCUGUCCUCUUCUAAGGUGAUCUAGAUCUUAGAAUCAUGGCAAGGAUACUCAUACAAAUGUGCACCUUUAAAUAUGUAGUUCCCUGUUUCUUCUCUGUAGGUGGUUGGACUAAAAUACGUAUUUUAGUUUUGUGCAUUUCUAAAAUAAACAUUUCUAAAAUUUAUAAAUAACACUCUUUUGGCUUUUAAAUACAUAGAAUAUGCAAAGUCUUGACAAUUCAGUCACUUGAUCUUUUUAGUUUUCAUAGUUGACAUACAAAAUACAUUACUGCUUCAUGUAACCAGUGUUCUGUAAGUGAAAAUAUUCUGCAUAAUACAUUUUAUUAAAUAUUAAGAUUAAAAGUGGCAUCUAAGUUAUAGAUUUGGGAUUAUCCAAAGUCAUAGUGUGUGGUAUAAAUUUAGAGGGUAGUAAUGCUUCAAUUCGUUUUUGAUCCUAAUGGCAGUUUGUAGUAUUACUAAAAGAAAGUGGAGGGGCGUGGAUCUCAACUACUUUUGAAAUUGGAGUUGCUUUACUAGUGGGACUAAGUUAUAUUGUGAUGCAGGUGGAAAAGAAACAUUAAAAUUUCCAAAUAACUUUCAUGUAACCAAAGUGAUGAUAUUACAGCAAUUAAUCUAAAGAAGCACACUUAAGUUUUAUCUUGAAAAUAGAUCUUUCAACAAGAUACAAAUGCUCAGCAUCUUAUUACUAGAUUUAUAAUCUGAUAUACCUGUUUGCCUGUUUGCCUGUUUUUAAAUGUUACUUUUUAUACAUACUGUCAAAGAUAUUAGUUGCUUCUGUUUAGCUUUCAAAUUUGACUCCAUGCAAAUCCCUUUUUAUUUAUUUGAUCUCCAAAGUAUUAAAGAAAAAAUGAUUUAUUGGAAACUAUCUGAAGGAUUUUAAAAUACUCGGAGUAAAAUACGUCCCCAGAAGAUGAAUAAGAACAUUUUUAAUCCCAAGACAUCUGGGAUAAUUGCUUGGUAAAAUAAUUUAAAUUUAAGAACAUAGGCUUUGACAUCAGACACGGUUUCAAAUCUUGUCCAGAUUCUUAGUAACUAAUUACAAGUGAAUCCUCCUCUGAGCUUUGGUUUUUUUGCAAGUCUGAUGGCAAUAAAACUAUGUAUACUUGUCAUGAUAGUAUUGUUAGCUAAUCACACUGUGUGACACUUAAUAAAUAGUGCUUUUUCUAUUUCUUACCUCUUUUGCUUAUAAUGAACCAUUUAAACAAAAGGCAAAGAUAGUAAUUUCUUUAGUUGGUAUAAUUCCAAAGCAUUGUGAGUUGCGGUUUAACAAUGUUCAGAAAAAAGUAGUUUGCUAAAUUAGAUACUUACUAAAUAAGUAUGUUUAUUUGUUAUUUGCAUUAAUAUCUCAUAACUGUUGUAUGAGAACAUACAGUAUAAAACACUCAAAUGCCACUGAGGACUGUACCUUUAAGAAGGUAUCAUUGUAGUUUUGCAAUUCCUCAGAAUUCCAACUUAGCAUACAUAGAUUGCUAUGUUCUGUUGCCUAGCUAACAAUACCAAGAUGAGUAUGGAUUUAAACCUGCGAGGAAAAACCAGAGUAUUCCAAUAGUAUUGCAAAGUGUCAGUCUUCUUCCUUAACAUUUUAUUAUAGAAACCAUAAUAAUUGCCUUAAAUGAAUAUUAGAAAUAGAAGAAAUUCUAAGUAAGUAAAUAUAAUUCAGAGUCUUUCUGAGUCCCAGCAUUUCUGCUGGAGACUUCUCGAAGUUGCAACUGAAGACAAGGCUGAGUAAUGCUAUUCGUCACACUCUGCCAGGUUUGGCAUCAUGGUUCCAUGUAAUUGUUUAGGGACAAGAUGCCUAGUAGAGCCCUUGUUACAAUAUAAAUAAAGCCUGGAAGGAGAUGUCUGAGUUGUUAAGAUACAGCUUUUCCCCAUGCAAUGUUUAUGGGCCAUUCUAUCUUAGAAAGGAUCUCUUCAAAGUUAGAGUUCUUUCUGUAUGUUAAUUCUUAAUUUCCAUAGCAGAAAAGAAUGACCCAAGUAUAAACAUUUUCUGCCAUUUCUCUAACUCCAAGGUGAAUAGGAAAACAUUUUUCUCGUAUAAAUCAUACAUGAAAGCAGUCAUUCUAAAUUCAUUUUUUCUUGAAUAACUGCUUAGUAGUAGGUGCUAUGUUGGAUAGGGAUUGACUGUUCAAAGGAGAAAGACAUACAGUCUGGGAAGGUAAAUUAGGCUUAAAUAAUUUUGAGUUUUAUUGUUUAUGGUAUCCACUGUUGGAAAAAAAUUCGGUCUUAGAUGGUUCUUAAAUUUGUAGUAAUAAUUGACUUCUGGUUUUUGAAUCUGAAUUAAUCAAAUAGUUUACUCCUAUUGUUCUAGAGUAGAUAAAAUGUGGGCUGUGCUUUUUUGCUCUUAGUAAACAAAUACCCAGUCUUAAGUAAAGAUAAGUGCAUUAAUGCUAAUACUUUUAUAUAGAGUACAGAGAAUGCGUGCUACUUUUCUUUAUGCUGUUAUAGAAAGUUAAAUGAAUACCUUCACAUGAAAAAAAUUACUGGUAGAAUAUGCAAUCCCUAUGCCUUCAUACACCUUUCCAGGUAAGUGAUGAACUUGAUGAGAGCCUGUCCUUGUUGCUCCUUAAUCAGUGGAAAGGGGUCACCUUUGAGUGACACGCGGCACUCCUUCCCUCCGGCAUUUAUCACGGACCUUCCACGCCACUCGCACCUCCUGCUGACGUGGAGCUUGCAGAAACUUGGAACAAUAAUUGUUUUUAUAACAAAUGUGGAUUGAGUUAGAAAGGUCAGAAAUGGCAUUAUUGGAAUUAGGCUGUGCCUGGUGAUGUCAAAACUGGAUACAUGGAAUAGUUAACUAGUCCUUGUAAAUCAAAUUAUGUUAUCAAAAAAUUCAUCUUGUAGGUUAAAAUGAAUUGUGAUGGGAGGAUGUACUUUGGUGGCUGUUUGCUCUGAUACAGAUUUAGAGAUUUUUAGGUUUAAAAAUAAUUAGAAGAAGGUAUAGUAUGUUUUACUUGAUUCCAAGCAUAGAGCUUUCAGGAUGCUGCAAAUUCUACUCAAGGAAAUAAACAUCUCAAUAUUUCUAUCAAUCUUAGUCAUUAGAUGUUUAAAAACAGUUUGCAGUCUUAAAUGCUGACCUUAUAUGAACAUCCAAAAUAAGUUUCACUCAUGCAUCUCAGUUUGUGAAAACGCCAAGCAACAUAAACCCAUACCCAUUUCUUGAGAUACCUGAAUUUAUGUGACUUGUUUGAGUGGGAAAGAAAAACAUUCUGCUAAAUUGUUUGGAAAAGAGAUUUGUUAUAUUUAGCAGAAAAUCAAAUGAUUAGCUUUAUCAUGGAAGAAUCUCCUAUUUGGGAAUAUUUUUGUAAUAUAGGCUGUUUGCAUUAUUUUGUAUAUUUGAAUUCAUUUAUGAUAGGUCUUUUUUUCUUAGCUUAAGUAUAUAGUUUUAGUACACUUCACACUGUUUCAAAAAGAAAAAAGGAAGUAUCACUCAGCAGUUGACACAAAUGGCUUUUUAAAAAUGUGCUAUUGAAGAUCUCCCGUUUUUUAAAUGAAACUAUGGUGAAUUUUUUCCUGUGUUUCUAAGCUACUUGCUGAAUAAAACUCCAUCUAUUAAAUAAACAGUGACUAGUGAUCAGAUAGAAAAAUUUUUAUAGUAAAAUAAUUAUAUAGUGCUGUUUAUAUAUACAAAAUACUGCCCUUAACAAACAUGGACCCCAAAAGAGUCCCUUACUUAAGCAUCUAUAAAAAGCUGUUUCUAAUAGAAUUGAAACAUUUCCUCCAAAUUUUUUGGUUUUGUGUAGUGGUCCCCAAAUUUUUUUAGGAUGUUGAACUCGGAUUUGGUAUGUCUAAUCUUCCUUCAGAGACUGUCUAAAUUGGAUCAAGUGAGCAUUAAUGCAUAAUGAGUGCUAAACAUCAGUAGAGGAUGGAUCACAACUUUGGAACAUACAAUUUAGUUAUACGAAAAAAUAGAAGGUUUAAAAAACAUGUUUAGUACUUCCAGAAGGUGAGUUGCACUGAAGUGAAAAUCUGGAAUCCAGCUUUGAGUUCACACCUAUCUUUACUAUCAUUUGUCUUGAUAAUAAACUAAGAUUACCAGUGCUUCUCCAUUUGUCCCCAACUGAAAUAAAUAGUCAUGUUGAAAAAAGUCAGUAAUCUUAAAGUGGUGACAGAUGAAAAGAAGUUAGUUUGUUGCCAGUGACUUCUCAAGGGUUAGGUCAGAAACGGUUCACGCUAUGACUCUUGAUAAAUUGUUCUAAUGAUCAGAAUGGUUGAAUUUAUAAUAGUUUUUGUUUUAAAGAAUGUCUAUCUUGGUAUCUUGACUUCAUCCUAAAGAUGCAUUUUUCUACUUUGUGUCACUUCUGUCUUAAAUUGUAGAGAUAAAAUUACAGAGCAACGAAUAGAAUUUGGUACAAUUAAAAUACACAUUUUCAGGUACUCUGAAAACCUAAAAGCAAAAUUGUAGUAAACAUGAAAACUGGCUGAGAGGAUGAGGGGGGAAAUCGGAUAGGAUCAUUCAGAUUUAAAGAAAUCAUGGGGGGAUAAAGACUUCUAGGUGCUAUGUAAUAAAUUGAAGUUAGGGGAUAAAAUCAGGCAGAAGGCAUAUAGACAGAGCUACUCUCAGGAAUAAAUGUGACUUUGAAAGUCUUGAGUAAUAUUCAGUUAACUAAAGGAUCCAGAUAAUUGUAUUGUAGAGAUUGUUUUAGUUGAAAUUUAGUCAAAAAUAAAGAAGAAUAAAAAUACCACAAUAAAGAAUAGUAAAAAUACCACUUUUAAUGGUAUCAUCAGAAGCAGGCAGUUUUGAGUAAUAAUAGUCCUUCCUCAAGGUCACGCAAAUCUUAGAUAUUUCAUUUCUUCUUUUCUCAUCACUUCAGGUUUUGUUUACAGUCAAUCCAAAAAUACUGCUAAGUUUAUACUACGGCAUGUUAUUGAGAAAAUGGACUGAACGAGAGGUUGAAAGCCAUUUAUUAAGUGAUUGAACUUGUUCCCUAAAUAACAUUUUCCUUUAACAAUUUUAGUUAUUUAAGAACUAUUUAAAUAUAAUUAAAAAGUUUUCUCUAAAUUGCUACAUUGCCCACAAGAUUAUGAGGAAAUACAUUGCUAAUGGUGGCUUUAUUUAUAUGAUAGGAUUUCAAAUAUUUCUUUUCCAUUUGUCCAGGUUUCUUUAACAUUUAUAUUUGUGUAUAAUUCCAGUAAUCAGUUUAUUUUGAAGGUAAAAUUUCCAAUCUAAGUAAGAAUCAGCCUUGAUAGUUUUUCUAAAGUUGUUUUAGUUAAAUUGGCAACUACUGUAUUUUUAGAAGACAACGUUAAAAUAUGCCAUAUUUCUUUAAGGUAGGAUGUAAUUAGAAAUUUAAUUGGUAUCCUAUUAAUACAGAUAUCAAAUAAAUUACACUUGUACUAUAUGCCCUUCUUUUGAGAGUGAAUUUGACUUAGCCCUUUGCUGACAGGAUUCUGUAGUCUUUGCUUUAAGCCACUCCAAGUGGAGCCUUACCAGUGCCAGGGUGAGGAUUGGGUGGUGGUGACUAAAGCAGUGUUCUGAAACUGCUAUAGAUUAAGCUGCUUCAUGUGGGUGCCAUGUGGAGCCAUGGUAACAAGCCCUUGCUUUCUGAUUUCAGGAGUAUUCGUGGAACCUGGAGAAAAGUUUGUCCUCUAAUGGGUCUUUUCAGAGUCAACACAAAAGCAGGGCAAAACAGGUGAUGGUGACUUCCUUUCCCAGACUCCUGCUGUACUGCACGCCUCCUGGACAGCCCUGAGCCCAGGUAAAUGGUCUUUCUACCAACCCCACCUGAUGGGUGAGGUGACUUCAGUGUCCAAAGCCAUUGCACUUCGUGGGUGCCUCUCCAAAUGGUAAGAAAAGAUCUUUGUUUUUACUGCCAAAGCUGAGACCCAGCCUUGUUUUCUCCAGGUUUUCAUACAGGGAAUGUCCCUGGUCCUCCCAUUCUUCCUUCCAUCAGUUUUCAGGAUUUGCCACAUUGGAAAUGAAACUUUUCUAAUUAUAUGUAAACAUAAAUCUUAUGCCUUUGUAUAAAUCUUCCAAAGCGAAUUCCUUAGGGGAAUACCCCCUACUUAGCUAUGUUUCUGUUGAGUGGAAAUGAGGUAAGAGCGCAAAGCAGUUAGCCUGCCAUCAUGGUGGUUCUUCCCAGAAAUAACAGAGGUAGGUGGCCAGCGCCGCAGCUCACUAGGCUAAUCCUCCGCCUGCGGCGCCGGCACCCCAGGUUCUAGUCCCGGUUGGUCCUCUUCUAUGUCCAGCUCUCUGCUGUGGCCCAGGAGUGCGGUGGAGGAUGGCCCAAGUGCUUGGGCCCUGCACCCGCAUGGGAGACCAGGAGGAAGCACCUGGCUCCUGGCUUUGGAUCGGCACAGCACGCCGGCCAUAGCAGCCAUUUGAGGGGUGAACCAACGGAAAAAGGAAGACCUUUCUCUCUCUCUCUAACUCUGCCUGUCAAAAAAAAUAACAACAACAAAGGUAGGGAAGAGAAAGAGUAAUCAUUUCCAAUACUGUUCUCCCUGUGUGACUUGUGGAAGAGGAGGACCUAGCGUAUGAGCAGAUCUGUGGGACAGGCCUGGGAAGGUGAGGAUGGCCGCCGGGUGGGGCUGGUGGUGACUGAUACAGUGGGGGGCCAGGCAGAGAAGGCUGCUUAACAAGCAGAAACGGGACCAAAGAACACAAACAAGGAGGAGGUCCCAGAAGAUCGUACUAAGGAGAAGGGCCAGAAAGCUGAUAAAAGAUUCCUUAAAUGAUCUGGAAAAUUGGGGAAGUGGAACACAGAUAAUAAUAAUGUAAAGCUUUUUGUGUAGAAGUUCUGGGGUGAAUCUCAGAAAAUGGAAACACUGCAUCGAGCCUCCCUGGUCAGGCACAUACAUUUAGUACCGUUUACAGGCAUACCAUUCCUCUCCUCAGUGUUCAGCCACCAAAGAGGAAUUGACCAAAAAGGUACUUUAAAAAUGAAGAAUUUGAGACAAGAAUAAUUUUUUGAAAUACAUUUUCCAUGAACUUUUUGAAGAUUCCUCAUUUAUGUUGACUCUGUCUUUGGCACAGUUUAAUGAAAAGAACCAAGAAGGUAGCAAAUCUGUUUUAAAGACUAGAUUUUGUAUGUGACUAUAGCCCUCCAUUCCCCACCCCCCAGAUAAAAUGGGGGUCGCCUUUAUUGUGUGCAGGAAGACUGAUUGUGGAAAACAUGUUUAUGAUGUGAAUCGGUGUGAUACUAUCAGAGCUAAGCAAUACGGCGAUGAGAAGGGCCCCAAAGACACAUCAGAAAAAGAGCAAGCUCCGUAUGCUAUGGGGCCACGCAAAUGCUUUAUAUUUAUGCUCAUUUCCUGGUCAGUUAGGAUGGGGUUUGACCAGGGCAGUCUUAACCCAAUAAAGGGUAACUACUGAGAGAUUUUCUUCAUUGGUGAAACUCUGGGGAAUGGUUCCUCAGCUCUGGCACAUAGCUUGCUUUUUAUGUCUCUCUAGGUCAAUUGUUUUCCUAAAACUGUGUUUUCUAGUAAAAGAGCCAACGGUGGAUCCAUCUGGUGGUCCUCUUUUCAGUAACACUUGGGGUCUGGCUUUGCUCUGUCUUCUUCCCCUCACGGCCAGAGUGAGCAUCCUGUAGCUGUCACCAGGAAGGAAAUUGACAGAACUUUCAUAAACCAAAGACUGGCAGAGACAAAGUAAAUAAUGAUGAAAAUGAACAAUAGAUCACCCAGAAGGAGUGUCCCUGCCAAAAAGAACAUGGCACUUCACCCUCCGUGAAACAGAUGCACACCCUGACCCCACAGGAGGCCAGGGCUGCCGGGUCAACAUCACUCACUUCUUGA